GAGGAGAAGAAGAAAGGGCAAGAAAACAAAACAAUAAAAACAAGAAGAAAAAAAAAGGACGAAGAAGAAAGAAAUGCAAAUGGAGUUUUUCUGCUUUUUAAUAGACCAAAAGAAAGAGAUGAGAAGACACAGACCAGUUGCAGGAUUGUGCUCACGUUGUGGUGCAGCAGCAAGAGUUGCUGAUAUGAAGACGGCCACCAGAUUUUGUUGCGUCCCUUUUUAUUUCAAGCACUGGAAAGCUAUUAUUUGCACUUUUUGUGGUGCCACUCUUAAAUCUUAUGGGUAAUAUUUUUUUAUGUUUUAUAAUGUAAUAAUCUACUAUUCCAUUUUUAUUAUUAUGCUUCUUUUU